AGCAGCUGUUCUGGCUCUGGCCUUGACCCUGUGCAAUCCUCGAACGCGUGAGGCUCUUGUAGAAAUGACUCCUCGAAGGGUCUCGCUCCUGUCCGUUCUUGCAGCAGGCAUGGCUUGCUGCAUGACUCUCAACUUCCUCGGCGGCCGAACCUUGCGGGUGGCGCGUCCUGCCUUUGAGGCAGGGAAGUUGAACCUCGGUGUGGACGGAGCGGUGGUGAAGUCCAAACACAUGCCGGAGCCCGUUUUGGAAGCUACGGAGUCCACCAACGCGGCCAUCCAGGCCUGUUUGGAGGAAGGCUGCUCGGUCGAGGCCUUGAUGGAGUUGGAUCAGAAGUUGGCCAAGGACGAGGCCACCAUCAAAAGCACUUUGGACCAACUCCAUAGCUCCCAGGCUGAGGAGUAUUCUGAGGAAGGCAGUGAGCAGAUUGCCUGGCUGAACAACUAUUUGGACCGCAGUGGCAGCCUGCGAGCACAGCUUCAGGCAGUCAAGACCUUGGAGGCCGAGGGCAAUUUGGUGGCGCAGAUCAUGAGGGCGGCAGCUGUGGCCUUUGGCGGCGGCCGCAAGGGCGACUACCCCAAGGUGGGCGUCUCGCCAUACUCCUCUUGAACAUUUGAUCCUAGAGCAUUUUGAAGUCUUGCCUCAGCUGAGUGGUCAAGGUGGGGUGCUCUCCACUGCUAAGCAAGCAGUUUGUUUUUGUUUUCGGGUUUAUGUACGUUUCUUCGAAGACCACCCUGUUGUGGCAAGAAGCGGCUCUAGUGUGGCAAGACAAGCAGGUUCCCAACCUGGGGCCCAGAACUGUUGGGCCGACAAUUCAUCGCGGAAGGCUCUCCUGCACAGCGAGCUCUCAGAUGCGAAGCUAGAUGCAUACAUCGAAGUAUAUUGGUUCCUAGCAAUUUGCCUACUCAUAGUCUCGAGAUAGACUCAAGACAGGUGAACUUUCACCGUAUCCGAAAAGCACGAAAA